GUAGAAAGUACGUUUAAGGGACUAUAAGCACCCUGUUGCUAUAAGAAAAGAAUUGUGAUCUAUUUCAAAAAAGUGUGUGUUCCAUUUCAAGAGAAAUUUGAGAAAUAUGGAAAUGUCAACAAAUGAAGCUAUAGAUGCGGUGGAGUUUUGGGACAAAACAGUAGAAUUGAUUGGAUAUGUAUCAAGCGUUGUGCCCAGAAGAUCUGCCGGCAAAACCGAAUGUUUCAAAUUUUAUUUAAAUAACAAUUAUGGAAGGAAAAUCCAAUGCGUUGUUUGGGGGAAGGAUGACAUUGACGUCUUGCAAGAUAAAAUUGGAAAAAAUGCGAUUCUCCACAUUGAUGGAGCUUGUGCUCGAGUUCCAGCAAAACCAGAGUACAACUAUGGAAAUGUCAGAUUUGAACUACAAUUAUCUGCUAAAACAGUCAUAAAUCAAGUAGGGAUGCAUGCAAUUGAAGAUGUUGAAUCGUUCGACCUUAAUGUAAUAUUACUCGCAGAUGUUAUUCAUCACGAAGGAGAAAGAUUAAAAGUUUUCGGAUAUCUAAAAAGUAAAUUCGUGGAAGAAAAAGUAGGCACUCUUAAAAACAUUGGAACAUACGGCUGUGGAUCUAUAACGGAUGGGGUGUACAAAAUGGAAGUCCGUAUUGCAUCCUUUAAAAACACAUUAAAGUGUAAUAAAGGAGAUCCUUUGCAUUUAAUUGGUCAGAUUAACACACAAGGGGCAAGAAUUUUUCUACAACUUCAAACAGAAGACGACAUUGAUGUUUUAGAAGAAAAAGGAUUAUCUCUUUCUCAAGUUAUCGGCGGAUUUAGAGAAAUGAAGAGAGUCAACUCAGGGCAAAUCACGAAAGAAAAUGCAGAAAUUGAAGAAAAGUUAUAAUUUUUUUUCGACAUCAAUUCAGUAACUUUUUUUAUCAACUCAGGGCAAAUCACAAAACAACAUUCAGAAAAUUAAAAAAAAUUUAUAAUUUUUGUUUAAUUUGAUAUGAGCCAAAAUAAGUGAUUUUUGGUAGAUAUAUAAGUACAUUUUUUUCCCUCUACAAUAUUUUUCAAAAAAAAAUUAUUUUUGAAGUAAUCAGGUGUUGAA